GGUAAAUUUAACCCUGCCGGAAAAGACAUUGAUUCAGGGAGAUGGCUCCUGGGAAGAAAGGCAAGGCCAAAGGGGCGGCGCCGCCGGCCGCCACGGCCAAGGAGAGCGGCGGGGGAUUCCCGAGAUGCCUCCGCCUGAUGCCGCCGUCCACCGUCGCCAUCUCCGUCCACGCCAAGCCUGGCUCCAAGGUCGCCACCAUCACCGAGAUCGGGGAGGAGGCUGUGGGCGUGCAGAUCGACGCGCCGGCGAGGGACGGGGAGGCCAACGCCGCUCUCGUCGACUUCAUCAGCUCGGUGCUUGGAGUGAAGAAGAGGGAAGUAUCCAUCGGUUCGGGUUCUAAAUCGAGGGAAAAGGUCGUGCUGGUGCAAGAGGCCACGCUCCAAGGCGUUUUCGACGCCUUAAAGAAAGCGUGUGAUUCUUCGUGAUGUUUCUGUAUGUUUGAACGUGUAUGGUUUAUAUCUGAUCAGAACCAGUGCUCUGCCUCCAGUAUAGCUUAGAUCCUUGUAAACGGAAAUCCUGGAAAUGGCCGGUCUCUACUUCUGAGAUCCUGGUACUCAUUUUCUGGAGAGAACAAGAAGGAGAGCAGCAGUAGAGAUGGUUUGGCCUGACAGGCUCUGCUAAACCUGUGUAUGUAUGGAUGAUGUUCUGAAUUUGUUGCUCUGCAUCUGAAUUGCAAUCAGUUGGGCUUUUUGGCCUGUUUGCCUUUGGACCGAAAA